UGAAAGCAAAGACAGAUUAAAAGCAAUAUACUAAGAUAGUUUUGGAGUCUCUCUCUCUUUCAAAUUUCUACUUUACUUCCAACAUUCAGUUUCUGUUUUUUUGUUCUUCCUACGUCGACGGAAAAAGCCAAAGAGGAAGGAGAGAUGGAGUCACAGAACUAUGGUCACCGACAUCCCUUGCUUCUUCUUUUGAAUGAAGAUCAGCGGAUAGUAGCUAACUGCUCAAGGUGUGGGGAGAAGGUGUCAACUCCAUGUUUUAGCUGUGCCCAGGAUUGUGGUUUUUACCUUCACAAGGUAUGUGCUGAGGCUCCUUUGGAACUUAAUCACCCUUUUCAUCUCGACCAUCCUCUUCUUCUUAUGCAAAAUGCACCUUAUUCAUCUGGAGAGUACAUUUGUGAUUUUUGUGAUAAAGAGGAUGAUAAGUUUGUUUAUCAUUGCUCUUGCGGAUUGGACUUUCAUAUUAAAUGUGCUUUGUUUACAUUUAAUAUUGCUGAGAAUAAUUUGAAAGAGCUUGAGCAUGUUGCCCUUCUACUUCCUUCGAUUUCCACUGAAUAUGGUGAUUAUCUUGGUAAGUGCUUUGGGUGUUGGGAUUCAUUAACAAAUUAUACACACUUUUCUCCUGACUGUGGUUUUAAUUUACAUGAAAAAUGCGCUGAGCUUCCUUUCAAACUGAAUCAUGCGUGCCAUCGCAAGCAUCCUCUUGUUCUACAAUUUAAUAGCCAACGGCUCUCUUGCAAGAUAUGCCAAGUAACAAGGACAAGAAGGGGAAGUGGAUUUGUUUAUGGUUGUUCUCCUUGUAACUUUGUUGUUCACAUUGAUUGUGGAUCACAAUCACUAUUACAAGUUAUUGAGAGUACAAAUCAUAAACAUCCAUUCACUUUAUUUUUGAGACAAGUUCCAUUCACUUGUGAUGCGUGUGGCACUGAAGGAAAUCAUGUUGCCUAUACAUGUGGUACAUGCAACAUUAUAAUCCAUAAAAAUUGCAGUUCAUUGCCUCGCAUUAUCAAAAGUAAGUGGCAUGACCAUCGCCUUCUUCAUACAUAUUUCCAUGACAUAGAAGAUUUUAGGGUUUUGGAUUGCAUGAUAUGCCAUGAUGAAGUCAAUACAGAGCAUGGUAGUUACGAUUGUUCAAAGUGCAAUGUUAUAUUCCAUGUGAAGUGUGCAUUGAAGGAUAAAUAUUCAUAUUCAAUAGUUUCACUAGAAAAUGAAGAUGAGAUGCCCAAUGAAAGUUCCAUCAGUGUUAUUGAGAGGAACGAUGCUGGAGAAGCUACAAAAAUAAAGCAUUUCAAGCAUAAGCAUAAUCUAAUGUUAGGUCCCUUUGUUGGAGGAUAUGAAAAUAGUUGCGAUGGGUGUAUGUUGCCAAUCUCGGAUCCAUUUUACUACUGUUCAGAAUGUGAUUUUUUUCUUCAUAAAGCAUGUGCCGAGUUACCUAGGAUGAAGAAUGUUUGGCAUCAUUAUUGCCAAAAGCCUCUCACCCUUAUUUCAGACAAGGUUUUUAAGUGUGCAGAAUGUUGGGACAUAUCUAAUGCCUUUGCUUAUGAAUGUUGUGGAUGUAAGCGAAAAAUAUGUCUCCGAUGUGUGAUUGCUCUUACUCCUGGUUCUCGAACAUGUUUGAAACAUGAACACCCCCUCUUUUACUACAUAAAGCGCAAUGGGAAAUGCAAUGCUUGUGGUUAUACAAGUGGAGAUGAGGCAUUUCGUUGUAAGGAUUGCAACUUUGUGCUACAUCGUGGAUGUUUUUCACUUCCAAUUACAGCUCGUCACAUUUGUGACGAGCAUCUUCUUUCACUCACUGAUCAUGAUGAUAACAGUUAUUCAAAAAGUCAUUAUUGUGAUAUCUGUGAAGAAAGUCAAGAUCCAAAUCGUUGGUUUUAUCAUUGUGCAAUAUGCGAUACUUCUGCUCAUGUUGAUUGUGUUCUUGGAAAAUAUCCAUUCCUCAAACUCGGGAGCAUCUAUGAAGAAACAGGUCAUCCACACCCACUCACCAUUGUGAAGAAGAAGUAUUACUACCCUGAUUGUGAUAAAUGCAGUAAGCCUUGUGAAGGUGUGGCUCUUGAAUGCUCAAAGUCGGAGUGCAAAUAUAUUGUCCAUUGGAAUUGUGUAGCACCCUAUUCUCUACAGUGUUCCUUGUGGUGGGGCAUGUAG